AUGCUCGCCCGCACCCUCCGCGCCGCGGGCGCAACACCAGCACGUGCUCACCACCAUCAGCUGCGAACGGCAUGCUCCUCCUCCUCCUCUGCCGCCGCCGAGACCCUCCCCUCCAGCCCCAUACGCGUGUUCCGCUCCGUCUCGGAUCUCCGGAAGUGGCGUCGCCCACACGUCGUCGACUACCGCUCCGUCGGCCUUGUCCCGACCAUGGGCGCCCUGCACGAGGGCCACCUCUCGCUCAUCCGCGCCGCCGCCCGCGAGAACCACCACGUCGUCGUCUCCAUCUACGUCAACCCGGCGCAGUUCGGCGUCUCCGAGGACCUCGCAUCGUACCCCGUCACCUGGGCCCGCGACGCCGCCGCCCUGCGCGACCUCGACCGCGAGCUGGCCGACGACGGCGGCGCCCUGGGCCGCGUCAGCGCCGUCUUCGCCCCGACCACCGCCGAGAUGUACCCCGCCGGCUUCCCCGGUCAGGCCAUCGACAGCAAGGGCAGCUUCGUCACCAUCACCCCCGUCGGCGAGGUCCUGGAGGGCGCCAGCCGGCCGACCUUCUUCCGCGGCGUCGCCACCGUGUGCAUGAAGCUGUUCAACAUCGUCCAGCCCGAGCGCGUCUACUUUGGCCAGAAGGACGUCCAGCAGACCGUCGUCAUCCGCCGCAUGGUCGAGGACUUUAUGCUCCCCGUCGAGGUCGUCGUCGGGGAGACGAUGCGCGAGCACGACGGCCUCGCCCUCAGCUCCCGCAACGUAUACCUCGGCGAGCGACGGCGCAAGGUCGCGACCGUGCUGCACCGCGCGCUCAAGGCCGCGGAGGGCACGUACCAGCAGGGCGCGCUGGACCGCGACGCGAUCCUCGGCGCCGCGAACCGGGUCGCCGCCGACGUGCUGUCGGAGCAGUCGAGGCUGGCGCCCAAGGACAGGGUCAUGUUCGAGGUGGACUACAUCUCGCUGGCGGACCCGGAUUCCAUGCAGGAGAUCAACACCGUCGUCCCCACCAAGGGCGGGAUACUCAGCGGUGCGGUCAAGAUGUUACCGGUGGAGGAGCCGCAGCCAGACGAGGACCUUGGCCACAACAAUGGGCCGGCGGUGCGGCUCAUCGACAACAUCAUUCUCAAGCCUAAUGCCCAGUAA